AUGCAGCGAAAGGUAUGCUGCUCUGUCCCGCUCGAGACCUCGGCACUUUCGUAUAAAGGAUUCUUGUUUGCUCAACCAAGACACGGCUGUGUCGGUGGAAGUGUCGUGGUAGUCGCGCAGAAACAGCUUAUCCCCAUCUACUUCCGCGGGUUGACUCACAAUGCAUCGCUUCACGGUGUGCGCAGGCAUUCGCCGAAUCAUGUCCUCCAACUCUUCAACAAUUGGAGUGGAGUCGACAGACUUCAUUUCAACUUGCAUCAUGGCAGCGUCUUGAUCACUUUGUCGCUGCUCGAUGAUGCGCUCCAGCAAUUCCCCUCUUGCAGAAACCCCGCGUUGAUUGUCGCUGUCUCUCCACUCCCGCGCGCUCUGUGUCCCAUCGUUCCCGUUGCUUCGUUGGUGGAGUGGGGAGUUCUGCCGACGGCGUGA